AUGUACGCCCCGCCUUCAGGUCCUCCCCCGCCGUCGGUGCCGGAGGGAUGGAAGCCGCAAUAUGACGACCGAUACCAAACUUGGUUCUAUGUUAACCUUGCCACCGGCAAAUCCCAGUGGGAGCGUCCCGAGGCACCCGCCCCGCGCGAUGAAGCCGCUUCUCCCGAUGUGCCUCCGCCAUCGUACGACCAGGCCGGCCCUACGGAUCCGACAACAAAGGCCAGUAUAGGCGACAAGAAACAAUCCAUGGGGUCCAACAACCCCUACAACCCGGCCAACUCAGCUCAGAGCAGCCCCAGCCCCAAUAUCGAUGAAGACGCUCGACUGGCUGCUAAGCUCCAGGCCGAGGAGGACGCUCGGGCUAACACCAGGGAUGCGGGCACACCCGGCGCUGCAUCUGACUACUACAACAAGCCGUCGCGGCCGCAGUCCACCGGAGCCGGCGCGUACGCUCCCGGCCCGUCGUCACAGAGUCCUAUGCCCGAACAGAAACGCAGCAAGGGUGGCUUUUUGAGCAAGUUGAUGGGCAAGAGCUCCGGGAGCAGUGCGCGACCACCACAGCCGCAGCCGCAAGCGCAACCACCUCCACCCGGCGGAUACUACGGGGGUUACCCCCCGCAGCCCGGGUACGGCUAUCCAGGACCGGGGUACGGCGGCUAUCCGGCGCAGGGAGGAUACUAUCCACAGCAACCGCCGCGGAAACAGGGGGGAGGUAUGGGGACUGCUGGUGCCGCGGCACUGGGUGUUGGUGGUGGUCUACUCGGCGGAAUGCUACUUGCCGACGCCGCGGACGACUGGGGAGAUCAUCACGACGGCGGGUAUGACGAUGGUGGUUACGACGGCGGCGGCGAUGACUUUGGCGGGGGCGAUUUCUAA